UGUCGGGAGGCAUCAUUUUUCAUCCUUCCACAAUCAUCAACACAUUGAGCUACUGGUUAUCUCAGUCGUACCAUCGCCAAUGGCGCGUCUAUCGGGACUCCAGCGAGACGUUCUUGGUCUCUACCGUCAAUGUCUCAGGGCCGCACGAAAGAAACCUGCCGAGAAGCGCCCUCAUUUUGAACGAUUCGCGCGUCAUGAAUUCGACAAAAACAUUGCAAUGGACAAGAAGGAUUUCUCGACAAUCGAGUUCUUGUUGCGCAAAGGCAACCGGCAGCUGGAGAUCUACUCAGCACCGAACAUUACAGACAUUGCUGGAUAAGCUUCACAUGCUCUGUUGAGACUUUCACCCGGCACAAGUACGAGUUUUCAAGCCGCAUACCCGACCAUGCUGUGACGACGAUGCCAUAGAGCAGGAUUGAAUAAAGAGAAGGAACAAAACAACAGCCUUUCGGAUAUUCAAAUGAUUGCGAUGCAACGAUAUGAACGCAUCAAACCAUAUUUCUGCGAUGUGCGUUGGCAGCUACUUUGCGCCCCAACGACAGAAUCCUGGCAACCGUCCAGGCUACAUCU